AUGUCGCGAAAAAUCGACAUGCUACCGGGGCCUGUCAGCAAGCCGCCAAUGAAAGUGAUUGUUGCUAGCCCAUGUCGGUCUCUAUCGAGCGAUGCAGAUUCUAGUUUCAAACCUUAUCACUCCUACGAAUGUAUGAUCGUGCACGGUGUGCCUCACAUGGAGGUCGAGUAUGAAGCAGUGAUGGCACAGCACAACCGCUUCUCUGGCAUCAAGCGAUACGAUCGGGCGGAUUUCGAAAAAUGGUUCGCCGAAUGUGAUUGCCUGGUUGAAGUCCCAAGUUUCAUGGGAAUGACAGUUCUUAGUGUCUACGCAGAUGAUCCAAAUGUCAAGUUCAUCCUCACGGAAAGAGAACCCGAGAAAUGGGUAGCUUCUGUUAAUAACACUGCUGGUACACUGAUCAAGAAGGCCGAUAGCUUCCCGCUUGUCAUUCUUCGAUAUUUCGAUGGCCCGCUGAACCUGUUCUUGAAGCUUAACGAAACUAUCUACUGGGCACUUUCCGACAAGACAAAUCCAGGUGAGCCUGAUAAUGCACUUGCGAUGCGUCGGAACUACAUCGAGUAUAUCGACAUGGCCAAGAGAACAAUCCCAGCCGACCGUCUCUGUCAUAUCAAGCUCGAAGAUGGACUCGGCUGGGAGCAGAUUUGUCCGUUCCUUAACAUGCCAAUUCCCGAUCAGGAAUAUCCCGAUCGCAAUGAGCCUGCGAGAUUCCAGGCUAUUGCUGCUGAAUUCAUUCAGCCGAUGGUCACCAGAGCGAUCGUUAGAUUUGUCACUGUUGCGGUUCCUACCAUCGGAGUCAUCGGGUGGGCAGCCAUAAAGUAUGGGCCGAGACUCUCUGCGGCUGUCGCGAAGCAGCUCUGA